CAUAAUUCAAGUUUUUAAUGCACUAAUAAAAGGAGGAGAGGAGUAAUGUGGCAAAGCGGUUUCGGGAGGCAAACUGCAGUGAGCAGCUACUGCUGAUCACCAAGAGAUCAGCCAUGCCAAAUGCAACAGUUGAACCAAAUCUUACAGACGUGACUGCGACUAUUCUUGUCAAUGAGACUCACAACCAUAAGGAACCCUACUUACAUAAAUUAGCACACCUCGAUGAAGCACUCUACAAUGAUUACUACAUCCUCUGGCUUGCCUUAAUGAUAAUUAAUGUUUUCAUAUUUGUAGUUGGCAUUGUCCUCAACAGUGUCGCAUUGUACGUGUUCUGUUUUCGUACCAAGACCAAAACAACAUCUGUCAUCUAUACCAUAAACCUAGUAAUCACGGAUUUGAUGGUGGGUUUCUCCUUGCCAACCAGGAUAAUAAUUUAUUACAGUGGUGGUAAAUGCCUGACAUGCUCUUUUGUGCACAUCUUCAGCUAUUUUGUGAACAUGUACUGCAGCAUUCUGUUCCUAACCUGCAUCUGCGUGGACAGGUACUUGGCUAUAGUCCAAGUGGAAGCUUCACGCAAGUGGAGAAACCCUCACUACGCCAAAGGGAUUUGCGUUUUCAUCUGGCUAUUUGCCAUCAUUGUCACUUACUCUAUACUCACCACAGCAAUCAAGUAUGCCUCUUGUUGUCUGUCUAAGCUCUUCGCUCUGACAGUGUUUGAAUACUUUUUGCCUUUAGUGAUUAUCACAGGGUUCACCAUUAGGAUCAUGUGUGCCCUGGCCAAGCCAAAUCUUAUGCAGCAGAGCAGAGAAAGACGCAUGAGGGCUGUCCAGCUUCUGGUCACUGUGUUGGUUAUUUUCAUGAUCUGCUUCACACCCUUUCAUGUCCGCCAGGUUGUGGUCUACGCAAAUCCUAAACUGCCCCUUCACAUCAGCUUAAUAGUGUACCACGUUACAGUGACCCUGAGUAGCCUCAACAGCUGUUUGGACCCUAUUGUCUACUGCUUUGUCACUAACAACUUCCAGUCCACUGUGAGGAACAUCUUUGUCAAGGUCGAGCCUGAACAGAACAGCGGAGAGGUAAUCAGUGUACAAAAGAGCUCUAAGGUGUCCACAGGAAAGACAGUAGUUUCAAGCAUGAUGAUGAAUGGUCCUGCAUUGGACAGUGAACAGUGAAGAGACAACAGCGACAUCCAUGCAGCAAAAGAGGACUUUCAUGUCUCAAGAUUAUGCUGUAACUUUGCUUUGUACUACAUUUUGUGCCUUGAUGUUCAUAAUACAUCAUUUUGUACAGUUUGGUGAAAUUUACUCAAGGUGUCCUUUACCAGAAGAAUGGAAGGCCUGGUCUUCUUUGUUUAGGUAACGCUCCAUUAGUUGUAAGACAAUCUGGAUUUGGCAGAUAAAGGAAAGAGAAACAAAGCCUUAAUGUUUGGUGCAUUAGUUUACAAGAUGGGACAGAAACCCUUGGCCCUAGACCAAAAUACAAUGGAAAAUCUUUGUUCUUCUUGCAAAAGCAAAAAAAUGUGGUUUCCAGUGUUUAUAGGUCUGUCUGCUCUACCUUUCCAUUCUUACAGCGUCACCUCUAGUGAUGUAUGUGUCUGACUUGCCUGGAAAUUGUUGAAUAUAUUUUGUGAAACAUUCUCCAAUUUGUUAACUUCAGACUUGUGCCUGAAACUUUAUGUAGAUAUAAAAUAACCACAGGAGUUAUCCUUGGGUUGAUAAGAUAUAACUUUCAGAACUCUAUUUUCUGGGAAUACCUCUUCUAGGGACUCAGCAUUUUAAUAUAUGGUAUAAAAUAAUGAAUGAAUUCAACUACAUUACAUUCAAUAGAUUGUUUUGGUUUGACAAUUUGAGGCAUUGUUUGUUUAAGCUACGCAAGAAUAGGAAUAGAUUUGAAGUUGGGUAGUUUAUCUUUCAUUCAAGGGGCAGAAGGUUUUGGAAUAUGUUGCCGGUUCAUGAGAGCUCUCUACAUGCCUUCAAAAGGGAUCCAACUCAAUUCUUGGCCUUGUGAAAGUUUAUGGCACUGGCUACAUGUGAUAUUGGUGGCAAUGUGGGGACACAUAUAUUUGACAACUGCUAAUCCAUCAUUUCAACACCCAUUCCCUGAGCUGUACUGAAUAAUAUGGUGGGCAACUUAUCCAUCCCACAUAGGCCCAUUGGGACCCUUAGCUGAUACUUAAUGUUACAACAGCUGCAAUUUUAACAUUCUGCCCUAUUUUCAAAGCUAACAGUUUGAUGUCAGCCAAAUGAGGCACCGGAUUUAACUGGUUUAAGUGGGCACGUAAAAGCCCAGGAAAUAGCCUUAAAUGUGAUCUCAGGAGAAAGCACUUCAUUUCUACAGCUGUUGGUCUGCUCAGUUACUCCCUAGCCACAAUCUUUAAUGCCCAUCUCCCCAGUAAAGCCACUGCUCUUUCCCAGACUUGUGUUCCGUCUGCGAUCACUCCAUUUUAACUUUAACUGGGACACAGACUUAAAAGUCUUGUUACACAACUAGUUAAGUCAUUUGCCAUAUGAUCUGGGUGAAUACUGAAAAAAAAUACUUCUCAUUAUCUUCUCAUAGUUUUUUUUUGUAUUUUGCUGUUCUAUGCACUUUAAAAUACACUACCAAAAUUUUGAGCUACUGAUAUUGUUGGGCUAAGAUUUCUUUGUGUUCCACUCGGGGCCUGAUAUACACAUUCAAGCCAAAGGACAACGUUUAUGGAAAAGGAUGCUUUUCAGAUUUGGUAUACAAUGAUAUACCGCGGCGUUAAUCCAUUACAUGGCAAGUAUUUCAUUGAACAGUGAGAUUCCCUUAUUCUGUUGUUGGUCUUUAUUCAGUAUUCUUCUGAGGCAGGGAAAAUUGAGUGAACAUAAGAUAUGAGCAAGAUAAUUAAGUCAUUUUAAGCAGUGAUAUUGAGUGUUUUUAGCUUUCUAUUUGUAAUACAAUGGCAUAGUCACUGGAUGUUUUCCUAGGUUGUGAUAGAAUAGAGUUGUGAGUGUUCUCAUUGAAUGUUUUUAAAGCAGAGGUAGAUAAUUUCUUGACUAAUAAUGGACUCAACGGUAUCAGAGGUAAAUGGGAAUGUGGAAUUGAGGCCGCAAUUAGAUCAGCUGUGCAUUUAUUAAAUGGUGGAGCAGAACUGAGUGAAUCAAAUCUCUGCUCCUGCUCCUAAUUUGUCUGUAGGUUAUCGAUUAUGUUUCCCAAACCUUCAAAACAGGUUUGUAAAUUACUUGUAAAUACACAGCCCAUAGGAAUACCCUCUCUGAUGCAGUAAGAAUGUGUGAAACUAGCUGAUGGAUAUGGUUACACGUUUUAUUAUUGUGUGUCCAACACAAAUUCCGUUACAUUAAAAAUGUAGGAUAAUGAUUCAAUUGAAAGUAUUGGUGUUGCCCUCUUCUAUUUUUCCUGCCAAGAAAGCAGUCUGUUGGAACUGCAAAUAUAUCUGCAACCAUUCCCAAUACAGAAAGUGCAAUUUAGCUAAUUCAAGAUGUUAGUUUCACCUAUCAUCAUGCUCCUGCCAUUGUGGGCACUUGUUUACUAUCCAGUGAUUCAUUUAUUGGCAUAUUUGAACAUUGACAAAACAUUCUUAGGCCUUUGGGUGGCACAGUGGGUCAGUAGUUAGUGCUGCUGCCUCACAAUGCCAGGAACCCAAGUUCAAUCCUAGCCUCAGGUGUCUGUGUGGAGUUUGCAUGUUCUCCCCGUGUCUGCAUGGGUUUCCUCCAGCUGUUUCAGUUUCCUCCCACAAUCCAAAGAUGCACAGAUUAGCUGGAUUGGCCAUGCUAAAUUGCCCAUAGUGUCCAGGGACGUAUAAAUUAGGUGGAUUAGCCAUGGGAAAUGCUGGGUUACAGGGAUAGGGUAGGGGGUUGAGUCUAGGUGGGAUGCUUUUCAGAGAGUCAGUGUGAACUUGUUGGGCCGAAUGGCUUGUUUCCACACUGUAGGGAUUCUACGGCCUUGUCUUAUAUCUAAAUGUCCAAACUGGGCAGCCAAUUAAUAAUGUAAAAGUACAGUUCAUGGACUAUUGAUGUUCUAUUAUUAGAUACCAUCAGCAAUGAAUAGACAAAACUACGUUUAGAAACCGUGCUAAAUUUGUCAAGGUGAAAAACAACAUUUGCCUUCAGCCCUCACAAAUAACUUCACUGUUUCAAUGGUUUCUAACUUUAGGGUGUAUUAAACAAUGGUACUCAUGAACAGCAAUGGUUAAGGAUGUUUAUCUACACACAGCUCUAAUAAGCUUUAGAAUCUAGACUUCUUACUGACAAGAGAGAUAUGGAUAUUUGUAAGCUUUCCAGCUGACUUAAGUGACAUGUGUCAACGUUUUCACCAAUCUGAUUCCUUCACUCCAGUGAGGAAUUCCUGGAAUAUGAGGCAUGUGAAGCUAAAUAGAGUUUCACAAUCACCCAUCUGCCAAGCUGCUUAAAUGAGGUUUGUGUAUUCUGGGCAUUUUGAGAUGUUUGCAUCUUCGACGGAAUAGGAAAGCUAAAGUCGCCACAAUCCCACUCUCUCAUUAAAGAGGUAGAGGUUUAAUCUGAGGGUCACCACAUCUCAGGCAUGGGGGGACAUCAAGAAGGAAAGUCCUUCAUGGUAACCUCAGCUGCUGUGAGGACUGAAUGUACAUACGCUCUGAAACCUGUUGUCAGUCAACUGAGCUAAUCUCAGACUGAAUAAUGGGGAAGUAAAUGCCAUCCUGUUUUCAUUAUCACACUAGUCGGCUGAGAAUAUGCAGCAUUCCACUCAAGUACUAUAGCAUAAGUUAUUAAAAUUUUUUUUUAAGCUAUCACUGAAAAUACUAGAAACCUGAAAUAAAACAGCAAAAUCUAUAAAGUUCAGAUGGCUUCUAUUAAGAGAAGGCAAUUAAGACUCUUCAGAGCAUUGUAAAUGUGUUGCUUAUUGCCUCGUGGAUAAUCUCCAUGCUAACAUUUAUAUGAAAUAAAUUUGUGGCAGAAUAUAGUCUAUGAGGAUUUAUAUGUUUCAAGUAGAUAUAACAACAUUUAAUAAUCUUAAAUUCGUAACGAUUACAUUCGUUAACAUCUGUACAUAAUCUGUAAAAUUCGUUUGUGAACUAUUAAAACUGAGAUCACAGGAAACAUACAUGGAGAAAAGCAGUGAUUUAUUUCUGAUUGGUCAGCAACAUGCUAUGCUUUUACAAUAACUGUGUCGACUAGAAACAUUUGUAACAUAUUAAUUAUUCAUGCUGCAGCUCUUUGCAAAUCAGGUUAGACUGCAGACUGCCAUAUGUGUUCUGCAGUUUAUGUAUUCAACUUUAACUGUUGAUCAAGGAGCAAGGACCUUCUUCUGUGAUCGCUACACCACGUGGCAUUUAAAGGAUAUUGUUUGGGACCAAUGUACUUGAUGUUUAAGUACUUAACAUGUUUGUUGCCCAUUUAUGUGUGCCAAUAUUUUGUCAACGUAUGUACAUAUAUAUAUUCAUUUUUCUAUAAUCUCCCCAAUUUCUAUGAUAUGAAGUAUCGGACAUGUUGGAAUGAUAAAAAAAACUC